AUGCAGUACACAGGAUACCAGGAUGAUCAAGACUUGAAGGGAGCGAAGCGCUUUGGUUCUCGUCUGAACUUGCCUAUCCGUCUUCGUCACGUCAUUCAUUUUUCCUGUUGCUCCUUCCUAUCUGAAGCGCCUGGAUAUUCGUCACACGCUGCUCCCGAGAUGUCUCGUCCACGGUUGGCUCGUCGCCCGCCCUCAAGUAACAGCCUCGAUAUCAGCUGUCUAUCGGCAUCUAUGAUCUUGUUCACCGGACCCCUCUGGCAUGUCAUGUCCAAGGUCGUAGAAGGAGCAACAGCAGAGUUGAACCCACGAAGCCAGGAAAGCGACCCCCCUGGUGUAUCCAUUGAAGUACAGCGCCGCAAAGGACCGGGAACUACGACGAUGCAGCAAAUCUAUGACACCAUCCCGGUCAUUCGUCCACCCCUAUCGUUUGCGCUCUCGACGAAGAGCCCGAUGUUGCAGGGCAAUGCUGUUUCAUCACGAAUGACGGCGGCUCGUGGCGAGUACAGAGGGGGGCCCGACAAGCAGGACACAGAUGAAGGGAAGACGAGGACCGAACCGAAAAAGCCUGCUCGCAUUCAGCUGGUCAGUGGUAUUGCGGGCUACGAGGACGAGAACAAGUAGGAGUCAGCUAGGCCGCCGCUCCAGGAAAUUCGGCUACCGAGGCACAAUGUUUCGGCGCGACCUGGAUAGAGAAAUGGUAUUGCUCAUGUGGUUGAGAUAACGGCCUCGAUGUUGGUAUAGAUGCAGCACUUUCUGGCGACGAGCG